AAACCCUUUAACUCAUAUAGACACAUAUAUAUUUAUAGCUUAUUUCAUUAAUACAUUCAAUACCAAAAGAGAAAUAUAUACGAAAAAUAAAAAAAAAAUGUUUAUAUAUGUAAGUAUUUUUAAUCUAGACCCCACGAUGAAAAGCAAAUAAAAGAUCAGUGUGAGUUGGAGAAUGGUUAAAAGGUCUAUUUUGAGUACCAAAAAUACCCAUCUCUGCUAGACCAGCUCCUGCACCUCUAUAUAUCUUCUUCUUGAUCACAGACUCAACUUCCCAAAACAAAAAACAAAAAAAUAGAGUAUUAUUAUAGGUCUUCUCCUCUAUUAUUUUCCAUUACCAUAAACUUUGAUCAUAGACAAGUUAAAAUCAGCAACCAUGGAGUUCCCAAAUCAAGAAGCGGAGAGCUCUUCCCAUAGAAAAAUGGGAAGAGGGAAAAUAGAGAUAAAGAGAAUAGAGAACACCACAAACAGACAAGUCACCUUCUGUAAACGACGCAAUGGUUUGCUUAAGAAAGCUUAUGAGUUAUCUGUUUUGUGCGAUGCUGAGGUUGCUCUCAUCGUCUUCUCCAGCCGUGGACGCCUCUAUGAGUAUGCUAACAACAGCGUUAGAGCGACAAUUGAUAAGUACAAGAAAGCAUGUAGUGAUUCUACAAACACUGGAUCUGUUGCUGAAGCUAAUGUUCAGUUCUACCAGCAAGAAUCCUCCAAACUGAGAAGGCAAAUCCGGGAACUUCAGAAUUCAAACAGGCACAUACUGGGUGAAGCUAUAAGUACUAUGACCUUCAAGGACCUCAAGAGCCUCGAGGGAAGAUUGGAGAGAGGAAUCAGCAGAAUUAGAUCCAAGAAGAAUGAAAUGCUAUUUGCGGAAAUCGAGUUCAUGCAAAAGAGGGAGAUGGAGUUGCAAAACCAUAACAACUAUCUGAGAGCAAAGAUUGCUGAAAAUGAGAGGAUACAGCAGCAGCAGCAGGAUCAGCAAGAGCAAGAGGAGCAGCAACAGCAGCAAAUGAAUUUGAUGCCGACGGCAACCAGACCCGCCAGCAACGACUCCAAUGUUCCGGCUUCGCAACCCUAUGAUCAUCGGAACUUUCUCCCUGUAACCCUCAUGGAUUCCAAUCACCACUAUUCUCGUCCAGACCAGACAGGUUUCCAACUUGUUUGAAGUGCAGAGCAAACAAUCCAGAAGGAGAUUUGGAAUUUUCUUCUCUUAAAUAUAUUUGUUUUUCUGAUCGAUAUACAUAUGUUAUUGUUGUAUAUGUGACUUUGCAAAACCAGAAACUUAAGCGUACCCACGUACUAUAUAUAUAUAUAUAGAGAGAGAGAGAGAGAGAGAGAGAGGACCUGUACUCCACUCCACUACAAUUUCUUUAUAUAUAUAGCUAGACUUUAUUAAGCUCAGUUUGGACUUUGCUAGCUAGCUUAUUAUUAUAAGCACCCAACCUUUGUUGUGCACCCAUUGCAUUUUCCUUUAAUUUCAUCUUUGAUGAUUAUAUAUACAUGAUGCCGAUGUAUCUAUGUUC